ACAAUGAAUACUUCAAAAAUGCAACUUAUGUAGAUGUUGUUGUCUAUCUGAUGCUGGUUAAUCAUAUGAUUCAUGGGCUAUAUCCUGAGGCUACACCAUUGGUGAAGAUAUUCGUAUGGAAACUCAUUUGGGAUUAAGGACUCCAUUCCUGCUUGGAUCAUGUUCUUUGUUCAAUCAACAGAUGGAAUCCCAUACAAUGGAAGAAACUAUGAUCCGCCAAAAGAGGAGCCAAGAAUUAACACAUACGCCAACUUUAGAGAUGAUGUGCUUCCCACUCAUUAAAAGACUUGGAUAUAAUGCUGUUCAAAUCAUGGCUGUUCAAGAGCACUCAUAUUAUGUUAGAUUUGGGUAUCAUGUGACAAACUUCUUUGCACCAAGCAGCCAUUUUGGAACCUCUGAUGAUCUUAAGUCACUGAUAGAUAGGGCUCAUAAGAUGGGUCUACUUGUUCUUAUGGAUAUUGUGCACAGCCAUGCAUCUAAUAAUAUGUUAGAUGGAUUGAACAUGUUUGAUGGAACCGAUGCUCAUUACUUCCACUCAAGGUCAAAGGGUCACCGCUGGAUGUGGGAUUCUCGCCUUUUUAAUUAUGGAAGCUGGGAAGUACACAGGUUUCUUCUUUCAAAUGCAAGAUGGUGGCUGGAAGAAUACAAGUUUGAUAGGUUCAGAUUUGAUGUUGUGACUUCAAUGAUGUACACCCAUCAUGGGUUGCAGACCAAGAGUUAUGGAAACAUAGCAACUAAAGAUGCCAACCAAAAACACUUGAAGGGAACAAACAAGCAUCUCUAGAAAUCUUAAAAUAUCCUUGCUUUUCACAUAUUUCAUCUUUUGUGCAAAUAAUUCACCUAAAGAGCUACUAGCACAAUAAAAGGUAAUUUAUGUUUUACCCGUUAGAAAUAUUAGCAUGGUAAGGAACAUUUAAUUGAUAAAAUGUUUAUAUUGGAGUGAUUUAGUUGCAGAUUUUCAUAUAUUAUUUGCAAAAAUAACAUUCUUUAAGUUUUAUUAAUAUUGAAGAGGAAAAGAAACAAUAGUUGAAGGUAGACUUCCACCAUCUUAAAAUGUCAUCUGUCAUAAUAAUCAAUUCUCCACUGCUUUUCUUUUUUACUUUGACCCAUGUGCUCUAAGAAGUAUGCCUUAAGAAACUGUAGUAUUUGGAAUACCAGCUGUUCACAAGUCAAUGCUUAUAUCUUCUCUAAAUGCACAUGCUGAAAGAAGUUAAAAGUUAUUUAAGUUUGGUUUGUCAAAACACUUAGCUUAAUGUUAAAUCUGAAUGUAAACAUGGAUCUUUUUAUAUGUAUGUGGGCAUGAAUAUUCUUCUUAAUGGACCAAAGAUUAGGUGUAUAGUCUGAUGCAGUUGAUGUUCUUUAAAACUCCAAAUAGAAAAGUUAAGAAGAUAAACGUUGUCAAAGUUUUUAUAAUUAAGUGCAAAAGCCACCUUGCUUAUGUAACAAUUAAUUGUAUGAGCUAAUUCAUUUAUUUAAUGCCAUGAAGUCUCAAGUAUAAAAGGGAAGGUGACUGUGUUCUAAGUGCUUAGAAAGCUGUGUUGGUUUACAUUGGUAGUGAUCUAUUGUCUAUUUCUAUAUUUAAAUAACAUUUAGUGUUUAAUUCUACAAAUAUUAAUUGUUUUUUAACAUAAUGAGUUUGGUGUCUGGGAGAUCUUUUGGCCUAAUAAUGCUGACGGUUCACCACCAAUUUCCCAUGGUUCUCAAGUGAAGGUAAAUUACCUGUAGAUGAACAUAAGUUUGGCGCUUGAAACUUAUUGUGCUUACAUUCAAAUGCUACUUGUUUAUUAUUUCCUUUUUCCACUUUUUAAGUCAGGGUAAAAAGAAGCUAUAAAAACUUGCAACUCUUUCCUUGUAGAUCAACAAGGUAUUUAGCCUUUUGAUCGUGAUCUGUGGACCAUGAAACUUUUAAGUAUAAGGGUUUUUUUAACACUAAUCCUAUUGCAUGUGUAUAUGGUUUGACUAAAUCAUUGGUUGUACUACAACCUUCAAAAUAAUUAAUUACUAGAAUUCAUGACAUAAAGGCAUUGAAGUAUUUAGUGGGGUGGUCUCCAAGUCAAGCAAAAUUAUUCAAGGUAGCUAAGUUCAAAUCCAACUAACUCCCGUCCUAAAAGGAAGGGAGAAAGAAAGAAAAGAUGAAGAUGAAAAGAAAAAACCAUUUUUCUGGUGGAUUGUUAUGAUCAUGUCAAUUAUCAUUUAUCCAAACCUCUUUUUCCAUGUGUACAUUUUAAGUUUUUGACCAUAUAA